GGAUGUGAAAACAAGUUCCUGAAAAUUGUCAGGUGCUUGGAUAACACCAAAAAUAGCAAAACAAGACCAAACAAAAAAGUAAAAAAUAUGAGAAAGAAAAUUGCCUUAAUGCAGGGAGUCAAAUGCAACACUCAGUAGAUUUUUCUCUCAUGUCACCUCCAGGGCCUUCCAUGUUUUUGUUCACUUCUUCACACUGAUCCUGCUCAGGAGAGCAUUAAAUAGCUUAAUAGGUGUGCUGUAAGCCUGAGGGGCUGCACCCAGCAGUGGUGGCCCUGUCCCCACUGACAGAACCUGGGCCUCGGGGUGAGGUCUGCCCAUGCCUGGGCCCAGCAUACCCGCCUGCUGCCAGGAGCCCCAGCCAGUGCGCAGCUGGGCGUCGUUUUUCAAAAGCCAGGAAGGAGAACUGCAGACUCUGUGAAAAAUGAUAAAAUCUGGAAAACUUUUUAAAACAACUUUUAUAGCUUCGCGAAAUUCCUGCUUCCCCAGAGUCCGGAUGAGCCCCAUGCAACUGGAAAUGCCUUCAGCUCCUCGUCGCCGUGCAGCCACCAGCAUGGGCUGAUGGCGGGGCUGGCGGUGGGCACGGGGCACUCUGGGGCAGCAGCAGGCUGGAAGGGAAUAUUAUUCACUGCUGCAAUCAUUGCAGCAAGGGGAUAGAGCAUGCAAAGAUGUACCCAUUCAGGCUCCUGCUUUGUAAGCUGAGAACAGCAGUGUGGUUGGAAGUGACUGUGGUGAGAACUGCAUGGAGCAUGAGGUUGUGCUGGUAGGAGAAGGGUAUCUCAGGAUUCCUGCAUUGAAAUCUCCUGGUUUGGCCUUGAGGAGAUUUGGAGACAACUUCGUAUCUCUGCGACAGAGCUCCUGUUCGUCCCCAGGCAAGUCAUCCAGUUUUCCUGCACCCCAGUUCCCCAGAGAAGGAGCAGGGAUUGCUUUCCUCCGGCACGGUGCUGCGAGGCUCUGUAGGGUUUGCAGUUACCAUAGAGAUGAGGAACUUAAAUAGAAUUUCAGACCUGUUGAAGGAGAGCUAUGAAACCUGAUGGUGUUACCAAAAGAACAGCUUGGCUCUGGCCAUAUUGCGUGGGGCAGCUACAACAGGCUGGCAUGAUUCGCACAGACAAGGACGAGUUCUUCAUUGAACCUCUGGAGAAGGGGACUCGUGAGGAGGAGGAGGAAGGAGGCAGAACACACGUGGUCUAUCGCAGAGCAGCUGCCAAGAAGCAGCUUCCAAUUGAGGAUGCAGAUACCCUGUACAAAGCGCCUAACCUGACUAAUCUGGAUGGUCUCGACAGCGCACUGAGCCUUAUUGAAGAUCGGGUGCACAGAUUGAGGCAGCGCCGCCGGAGGCACGCGACGGAUGAUGAUUACAACAUCGAAGUCCUUCUGGGGGUCGAUGACUCAGUUGUUCAGUUCCAUGGGAAGGAACACGUUCAGAAGUACCUGCUGACCCUGAUGAACAUUGUUAAUGAAAUUUACCACGAUGAAUCCCUGGGUGCUCACAUCAACGUUGUCCUGGUGAGGAUAAUCCUGCUGAGCUAUGGCAAGUCCAUGAGUCUGAUAGAGAUUGGGAACCCUUCUCAAAGCCUGGAGAACGUGUGUCGUUGGGCCUACUUGCAACAGAAGCCAGACACCGGGCAUGCAGAAUAUCAUGACCACGCCAUCUUCCUCACAAGGCAGGAUUUUGGUCCAUCUGGCAUGCAGGGCUAUGCUCCAGUCACAGGAAUGUGUCAUCCUGUUCGAAGCUGCACUCUCAAUCAUGAAGAUGGUUUUUCAUCUGCAUUCGUGGUGGCUCAUGAAACUGGACAUGUUUUAGGCAUGGAGCAUGAUGGCCAAGGAAACAGAUGUGGGGAUGAGGUCCGCCUGGGGAGCAUCAUGGCCCCCCUUGUGCAAGCUGCCUUCCACCGCUUCCACUGGUCCCGCUGCAGCCAGCAGGAGCUGAAUCGAUACCUCCAUUCCUAUGAUUGUCUGCGCGAUGAUCCCUUCGAACAUGACUGGCCUUCCCUUCCACAGCUGCCAGGAAUUCACUACUCCAUGAAUGAGCAGUGCCGUUUUGAUUUUGGUUUGGGCUACAUGAUGUGCACAGCUUUUCGUACGUUUGAUCCCUGUAAGCAGCUGUGGUGUAGCCAUCCUGAGAACCCCUACUUCUGCAAAACAAAGAAAGGGCCUCCGCUGGACGGAACCAUGUGUGCACCAGGAAAGCACUGCUUUAAAGGUCACUGCAUCUGGCUGACACCAGACAUCCUGAAACAGGACGGGCACUGGGGGGCAUGGAGUAAGUUUGGCUCCUGCUCUCGCACCUGUGGCACGGGGGUGAAGUACAGGACACGGCAGUGUGACAACCCACAUCCAGCCAACGGAGGCCGCACGUGUGUAGGGCCGAGCUAUGAGUUCCAGCUCUGCAACACUCAGGAUUGCUCCAAGGACUUGGAGGAUUUCAGAGAGGAGCAGUGCAGGCAGUGGGAUCCGUACUUUGAGUACCAGAACACGAAGCACCAUUGGCUGCCCUAUGAGCAUGUUGAUGCCAAGGAAAGGUGCCACCUGUAUUGUGAAUCCAAGGAAACAGGGGAUGUUGUGUACAUGAAGAGGAUGGUCCACGAUGGGACCCGCUGCUCCUACAAAGAUGCUUACAGCAUCUGCGUGCGGGGAGAAUGCUUGAAAGUUGGGUGUGACAGGGUCAUAGGAUCCACAAAGCAGGAAGACAAAUGCGGUGUUUGCGGAGGAGAUAAUUCCCACUGCAAAGUGGUGAAAGGAACGUUUUCAAGAGUCCCAAAAAAACAAGGACACAUUAAGAUGUUUGAAAUUCCUGUUGGGGCAAGACAUUUACUUAUACAGGAAUCAGACGCCACCAGUCAUCAUCUCGCAAUUAAAAAUCGUGAAACGGGAAGAUUCAUUCUAAGUGAAGACAACUACGUGCCAGACUCUAAAGUAUUUAUUGACAUGGGUGUGGAGUGGGAAUAUCGGAAUGAUGAUAAUAGAGAAACCGUGCAGACCAUGGGGCCUCUGCGUAAUGGAAUAGUUAUUCUGGUGAUUCCUCAUGGUGGUACCAAGAUCUCUCUGACUUACAAGUACAUGAUCCAUGAAGAUUCCUUGAAUGUAGAUAACAAUAAUGUUUUGGAAGAGGACUCAGUAUCGUAUGAAUGGGCUCUGAAGAAGUGGUCCCAGUGUUCGAGACCUUGUGGAGGAGGCUUCCAGUUCACAAAGUACGGCUGCCGGAGGAAGACAGACCACAAGAUGGUUCAUCGGAGUUACUGCGAGCUGAUCCAGAAGCCGAAGCCCAUUCGCAGGGUGUGCAACCUCCAGGAGUGCUCACAGCCCAUAUGGGUUACAGGAGAAUGGGAGCCUUGCAGCAAAAGCUGUGGGAAAACAGGAUACCAAGUGAGAUCCGUGCGAUGCAUCCAACCCCUGCAUGACAACACAAAUCGGUCUGUUCACACCAAGUACUGCAACAACGACCGUCCAGAGGGCAGGAGGCCUUGCAACCGCGAGCUUUGUCCAGCACAGUGGAGGAUAGGACCCUGGUCACAGUGCUCUGUCAGCUGUGGCAAUGGCACACAGGAUCGCCCAGUCCUGUGCCGAACCAGGGACAACGCCAUCGGCCUUUGCAAAGAGGCCAAACCAGAGAACGUAAGGAUUUGCAGACUACCUCCAUGUCCAAGAAACAUUUCUGAUCCUUCAAAGAAAACCUACAUGAUACAAUGGCUGUCAAGACCUGAUCCAGACUACCCUAUCCAGAAAAUAUCUUCAAAAGAUCAUUGUCAAGGAGACAAGUCAAUGUUUUGCCGCAUGGAAGUUCUCUCUCGGUACUGUUCAAUUCCUGGUUACAAUAAGCUCUGUUGCAAGUCCUGUAAUAUGUACAACAACAUAACAGAGGAGGGCAAUGCAACAGAUUCUAAUGCAAAUAAGAAUAAUGUCAUUGAGGAGGAGCUCUUGACAACCCUCAGCCCUCUCUCGGGAGUUUCCACCACACAACCUGCCACCACCAAUCCUCCUCCUGUUUCCAAACCCCAUGUGCCUCCUUCCAAUGCCACUGACGAGCACCCCGAAAUUAACGCGGUGGACGUGCCCUAUAAAAUUGAUGGGCUGGAUAACGAAGUGUCACAGCACAACAUCAUCACACAGAGGAGGAUACCUUAUGAAAGGACGAGGAAUCAAAGAAUCCAGGAGCUGAUUGCUGAGAAAAGGAAAAAAGAGACUCUCAGAAAAAUAAAUUAAAUGGAAAUACGGCACAAAC